GUGAGCCUCGCCGCGGAAGAACUCACCCCCGAGUCCUUCGCGCCGUUCGGACAGAUCGUCAAAGCCGAAGAAGACGGCGCGGUCUUCGGCCCGGACGACGCGCAGCUCGACCUCUCGCGAGGGACGCCGCGGUUCUACAUCAUGCGCCUGCGGGAUAAGGACCUGCGGUUCGAUCGAAUAACGUUCCACGGGAAGGUGACGCAGUGCUUGGGCGCGCUGGGGACGAACCGCGCGUGGUACAUGGCCGUGGGCGAGCCGACGUUAGACGUGCGCGCGCACCCCACGGAGGACACGCUGCGGGUGUUCGAGGUGCCCCCCGGGGUGUUCGUGAAGAUGCACGUCGGGACGUGGCACGCCGGCCCGCUGUUUCGCUGCGACGACGACGUCGGGACGCACAUCGACUUUUACAACUUGGAGCUCGCGGACACGAACGUCGUGGAUCACAACACGCACGACUACGCGACCGCGGACGGAAUAGAGUUC